CCUCUCUCCCCUUUCCCUCAUGAUGAAACUGGGGAACAGAAGUUUAUUCCCUGGCAGUUAUAUUUCCUGGCUUAAGUUUUGAUUUGUUUCUCCAACAAUGACAUCAGCCUGCCACUGGAAUUGCCACUCCUGUUCCUUCUUACUCUUGGGUAUGCACAGAAACUCCUAUAAAAAGAGACAUAGAGACUCUCCAAAGUCUCUCAGCUUGUACUCUGCUCUUUCAGCUCCCCUGUCCUCUUGGGAUCAUGAAGGUCUCUGUGCUUGCCCUCUCCAUCUUUACGCUCAUGGCCUUCAGCUCUCCGGCAUCCUCUGCACCAAUGGGCUCUGACCCUCCCACCUCCUGCUGCUUUUCCUAUGUAAGCAAACAGAUCCAGAGAAAAAUUGUGACAGACUAUUAUGAGACCAGCAGCCUGUGUUCCCAGCCAGCUGUGGUGUUCUUGACCAAAAGGGGCCGGCAGGUGUGUGCCAAUCCCACUGAUGCCUGGGUGCAGAGCUAUGUGGAAGACCUGGAGCUGAACUGAGGGGCUCAGAGGCCUGAAAUAAGGGCUCUUUCUGGGAAAUGGACCAAGCUGAGGAAUUCCCCAGUCAGAUGAAUUCUCUCCACAGUUCAGCCUUCCAGAGUUAACUUGCCCUAUGAUAAUUCAUUCUUCUCUGUGAGACUUAUUUAAUUUAAGUGGUGGUGACUUUGGGUAUUUAUUAGUACUAUUCUGGAAGACAACUGGUCCCCAUGGGACCCUCUACUACAUCCUGGCCUCUCUUCCUGAGAGACUUUUGGAUCCCCUGCUCCAUUCCAUGAACAUUUGUAGCAUGAAGAUUUCAGAAUAAAAGUUUUCAAAAUCA